ACGAUUGUAAGAGGAAUAUUAAGAAAACGAAUGUUUGGACUGUUAUAAUUUUCAUGUUUUUCGGUUUAACGGAGCAUAUUUUGUUUAUUUUGACAAACAUCUAUCAUAGCCUUUUUUGUGAACAUUACAAGUCUUAUCCAGUGGAAAUAUAUUUUGGGUUCGCUUUUCCUCAAUGGUUUCAUUUAAUACCCUAUUCACAUUGGACUGGAGCAUUAGUUGAAUUCACUAAUUUUGUCAGCACCUUUACGUGGAACUAUACGGACUUAUUCAUAAUUUUGAUUAGUAUUUCUUUAAGAGAAAAAUUCAACCAGGUAUCGUAUAGGAUAAAAGCAAAUGCGAAUCCAUCUAAUAAAUUUUGGAAAGAAAUCCGCGAAGACUACUACAAAAUAUCUCGCCUUACCAAAGUUGUAGACAGCCAAAUUGCCGGACUAGUGUUAAUUUCAUUUCUGAAUAAUAUAGUUUUUCUUUGCAUACAGCUUUAUAAUAGUAUCAAAGAAAGAGAAGCUAUAAUAGAUAGCAUAUACUUCUUCUACUCCUUUGGCUACAUAGUUUUUAGAUUUAUAGCAGUGUCGCUCUAUUCAGCCACUCUUAACGAAGCAUCAAGAAAGCCUUUGAAAUAUUUGUAUUGUUUAUCGACUGAGCAUUAUUCUAUUGAUGUAAGUCGGUUGAUAACCCAAAUAAACUACUUACCGAAUGGCAUAACCGGACAUGGGUUCUUUCUUAUAACAAAAAAUUUCCUUCUCCAGGUGCAGCGGCAACUGUGGUCACCGUGGAACUGAUGAUUUUUCAGUUUUCUCCAGCAAAAACUGCAACAACUCAGACUUUAACUUUAAAUGUCUCUUGUAUUAGAUAAAAUUAAUAUCAUUUA